GAUGCCUAAAAUAAUAAUGCACACUAGCAUUCAUCUUCCAAAACUCAAUUAGACUGUAAAUUAAGGCAUCAAAUUUAUGCGAGACAUUGUUUGACUCUAUCUUCUCCGUAGAACUGAUCAUUAUUAAAAUCAAAUCGAAAAGUGCUUGUGUGUGUGUGUGAGAGAGAGAGAGAGAAGGAAACAUACGCACACAGAGUGGCCGUGCAACUACACAAUGCUACGUCCAGAUGAAUUAAAUGCAAUACAAAAAUUAAAUGAAAUGUUUGAAAAAGAGGAGAAAUCCGAAAAACAAGUACUCCAAGAAAAUCAUAAGUCUCGUCAUCAUCAUCACCACAAUCAUAACCAUGCACCAUCAUCAAUCUUUCGAUGCAGUGAAACGCGAACAUUCGAUACACCGACACUUGGCGAUGAUAGUCGUCUAGUGCCUACUGGUUUACCAAGAAUACAGACAAAAAUUGCUGUGAAAAUAUUAGAACGAGAUUGCUGUAUCACUGUGAAACUGGAUCCGACUGCGAAACUAGAAACUGUUCGCGCAAAAUUUGAUCUAACUGAAGAGGUUAUAAUCAUAGGAUAUCAGCGAUUGGUGACCUUGAAGACGCUAGAGAAUUUACCAGUGAAAUUGGAGGCUAUCAUUGAACAGAAUGAGAAUUUCGAUUAUGAUUUAACAACUUAUGUUGAGCAUAAAUAUAAAGUUAGUUUAGAUAUGUAUUAUUUGAAUUCAGCACGUGUUAAACAGAAGAAGAAUGUUAUUUAUAUUAUGAUACCGCGUAAACUGAAGUCGAAUGAUAUCACUUUAUGAAAGAAAGGAAACUAAUUUUGAUAUUGAGAGAAGAAUGCAAUCUAAAUAAAUGUGUGAAAUUACUGACUGUUUCCUUUCUUACCACUUACAGUAUAUUUUUUGUUGAAGGAAUUUGUCCAAUUAGGC